UAAAUCAGCACCAUUUUAAAUAAACAACUCAAAUAUUCGCAUUUUGCCCUAAUCAACGGCUUUGAAUGAAAAAAGCGAGGGAUUUGCAUUUGCUGCUGAAAACCAUCCGCAGAAGCUCUACCACUACCACUCCCAAGAUGGAUCCAUCGGACCGUUACUGUUUCAGUCCGAUUUUACGAUGGAACCCUGAGGUCGAGAACUACUUUAUUAAAGCCUACGGCGCCGAUCAUUUCUCUAUCAUUUCUAAAGCCUUAACGCGUCCGUCGAGUUAUUCUUGUGUUCGUGUAAACACACUAAAGUCAACAAGUGAUGCUGUUAUUGAGAAGUUGUUGGAAAUUAUAAAAGAAAAGGGGUUUGAUGGUGAUUGUCACGGUAAGGAAGGAUCGGGAACAAAUGAAAAUGUAGGCAGUCCACUGGAGGAAAGCUUGAAAAAUGGCCCCAUUGUUAAGUGUCAGAUACCAGGUUUAGAGUAUGUUUUGUUUGUUAAGGGCACUGGACCGCACAUGAUUGAUUAUGGUUAUGUACCUGGUGCACCUCCAAAGGAGGUAAUUGUCAGUAGAAAAUGUGCCGAAGCUGUUCUCCGAGGUGCUCAGGUAUUUGUUCCUGGUGUAAUGGCUUGUAGCGCUCAUGUUGAAAAAGGUGAUACAGUUGCAGUUUCAGCUGCUAUAGAGCAACGCAAUCCUAAUGGUGGAUGGGCUAUUGGUAUAACACGCGGGACUGUUCUACAAGGAUUACAAACAGAUCCAUAUUAUUUUGAAAGAAAUGGCUUGUAUAUUGGCCAAGGAACAGCAACGAUGUCAAGAGCUGGCUUAUUCCGUGCUUCAAAAGGAAUUGCUGUGGAUAUGAAUAAUCGAGUAUUUAGACUGCCUUCCUUUUAUGAUGUGCUUGAGGGAGAAAUAUUUCUUCAGAACUUGCCAAGCAUUGUCACUGCUCAUGCCUUGGAUCCUCAAAAAGGUGAAAGGAUAUUGGACAUGUGUGCAGCACCAGGAGGGAAGACAACUGCAAUUGCAAUCCUUAUGAAGGAUGAAGGAGAGUUGGUUGCGCUUGAUAGGUCUCAUAAUAAGGUACAGGAUAUUCAGAAAUUGGCUGCUGAAAUGAGCUUGACUUGUAUUACAACUUAUAAACUGGAUGUUCUCAAAGCUAUUCGUCAAAGAAAUGAAGCAGAUGAUAUAAACACAAAUCAAAGUUCUAACUCAUUGUGGUUUCAUGAGGAGAAAGCAUCAUCUUCUACUGCUGAAGGGUUUAAUCUGGAUAAAACAUGCGAGGAUAAUGUUAGCAAUGCAAUAGAGAAUGGGGGAACUUAUGUUAGCAAAGCUGACAUCAGGAAGGCUAAGCGAAGAAUGCGGAAUGGACCAGGAAGGAAUCAGUGCGUUGGUGGCAGAGUUGAAAAUUCAAAAGGCUUUUACCCUGAUAGUUUUGAUAGAGUUCUCCUCGAUGCUCCCUGCUCUGCUCUUGGUUUGAGACCUAGGCUUUUUGUUGGUGAGGUAACAAUAGACUCUCUAAAAAAACAUGCAACGUAUCAAAGGAGAAUGUUUGACCAGGCUGUUAAACUAGUUCGCCCUGGUGGUGUGAUUGUGUAUUCAACAUGUACGAUAAACCCUGGUGAGAAUGAAGCUUUGGUUCGAUAUGCUUUGGAUACAUAUAAAUUCCUCUCCUUAGCAUCACAGAAUCCGAGAAUUGGAGGACCUGGCCUUGUUGGCUCUUUUGAAUCUCCUAAUGGACGCACAGAGGAGUGGUUAAGACCCGGUGAGGAGGAAUUUGUUCAGAGGUUCGAUCCAUCAUCUUCCCUGGAUACAAUUGGGUUUUUCAUAGCCAAGUUUUCUGUUGGCUCCAAAGACGUUUGACUCUGCGAGAAGUGCAACUUCAGCGAGAUGAAAACAGACCAGACCGGGCAGUCUAGUUUAAAAGAAAACGCUGCAGCUAUCAAAGAUGUCACCAUUUUAUUACUGGUUGGUGGUAAAUGAAGCCCAGAUACAUGUCCUUCAUGUAAAACGUGAUGUUUGGUAAAUAAUUCUCGAGCAAUCAUUUUUCUCUCGCAA